CCGAGGGAAGCCCGGACUCUGGUCGUCGCUCCGAGUCACUCUCUCCCGGCAGGCUCCCGGCCCGGCCGAUCCUAGUUUUUCGUCGCCCGCGGUUCGCCGCCCCGCUAGCCGCCGCGAUGCCGGUGUUUCACACGCGCACGAUCGAGAGCAUCCUGGAGCCGGUGGCGCAGCAGAUCUCGCACCUGGUGAUUAUGCACGAGGAGGGCGAGGUGGACGGCAAAGCCAUUCCUGACCUCACCGCGCCCGUGGCCGCCGUGCAGGCGGCCGUCAGCAACCUCGUCCGGGUUGGAAAAGAGACAGUUCAGACCACCGAGGAUCAGAUUUUGAAGAGAGACAUGCCGCCAGCAUUUAUUAAGGUUGAGAAUGCUUGCACCAAGCUUGUUCAGGCAGCUCAGAUGCUUCAGGCUGACCCAUACUCAGUUCCUGCGCGGGAUUACCUCAUUGAUGGGUCUAGGGGAAUCCUCUCUGGCACGUCAGACCUACUUCUCACCUUUGAUGAGGCCGAGGUUCGUAAAAUCAUUAGAGUUUGCAAAGGAAUUUUGGAGUAUCUUACGGUGGCAGAGGUAGUGGAGACUAUGGAAGAUUUAGUCACUUACACAAAGAAUCUUGGACCAGGGAUGACUAAGAUGGCGAAAAUGAUUGAUGAGAGACAGCAGGAACUGACUCACCAGGAACACCGAGUGAUGCUGGUGAAUUCGAUGAACACCGUCAAAGAGCUGCUUCCUGUUCUCAUCUCAGCUAUGAAGAUUUUUGUUACAACCAAAAACUCAAAAAACCAAGGAAUAGAAGAAGCUUUGAAAAAUCGAAAUUUCACUGUAGAAAAGAUGAGUGCUGAAAUUAAUGAGAUCAUUCGUGUGUUACAACUCACUUCUUGGGAUGAAGAUGCCUGGGCCAGCAAGGACACUGAAGCUAUGAAGAGAGCGCUGGCGUCCAUAGAUUCCAAACUGAAUCAAGCCAAAGGUUGGCUCCGUGACCCCAGUGCCUCCCCAGGGGACGCUGGUGAGCAGGCCAUCAGGCAGAUCUUAGAUGAAGCUGGAAAAGUUGGUGAACUUUGUGCAGGCAAGGAACGCAGGGAGAUCCUAGGAACCUGCAAAAUGCUAGGACAGAUGACUGACCAAGUGGCUGACCUCCGAGCCAGAGGACAAGGAGCCUCGCCAGUGGCCAUGCAGAAGGCUCAGCAGGUGUCUCAGGGUCUCGACGUGCUCACUGCGAAAGUGGAAAAUGCAGCUCGGAAGCUGGAAGCCAUGACAAACUCAAAGCAGAGUAUUGCCAAGAAGAUUGAUGCUGCCCAGAAUUGGCUUGCAGAUCCAAACGGUGGGCCUGAAGGAGAAGAACAGAUUCGAGGGGCUUUGGCGGAAGCGCGGAAGAUUGCAGAAUUAUGUGAUGAUCCUAAGGAGAGAGAUGACAUCCUACGCUCCCUUGGAGAGAUAGCCGCUCUGACCUCUAAAUUGGGAGAUUUACGAAGACAGGGCAAAGGAGACUCCCCAGAGGCUAGAGCAUUGGCUAAACAGGUGACCACGGCCCUGCAGAAUCUACAGACCAAAACCAACAGGGCUGUGGCCAACAGCAGACCCGCCAAGGCAGCUGUCCACCUUGAGGGAAAGAUUGAACAAGCACAGCGGUGGAUUGAUAAUCCUACAGUAGAUGACCGUGGAGUUGGUCAGGCUGCCAUCCGUGGACUUGUGGCUGAAGGACAUCGUCUGGCCAACGUCAUGAUGGGACCUUAUCGCCAAGAUCUUCUUGCUAAGUGUGACCGUGUAGAUCAGCUAACAGCCCAACUGGCUGACUUGGCUGCCCGGGGGGAAGGGGAGAGUCCGCAGGCGAGAGCACUUGCAUCCCAGCUUCAAGACUCCUUAAAGGAUCUUAAAGCUCAGAUGCAGGAAGCUAUGACCCAGGAGGUGUCUGAUGUUUUCAGCGAUACCACAACUCCCAUCAAGCUGUUGGCAGUGGCGGCCACAGCUCCUCCUGAUGCACCCAAUAGGGAAGAGGUAUUUGAUGAGAGGGCAGCCAACUUUGAAAACCAUUCAGGAAGGCUUGGAGCCACAGCGGAGAAGGCGGCUGCUGUUGGUACUGCCAAUAAAUCAACAGUGGAAGGCAUUCAGGCAUCAGUGAAGACUGCCCGAGAACUCACUCCCCAGGUCAUCUCUGCUGCGCGAAUCUUACUGAGGAACCCUGGUAAUCAAGCUGCUUAUGAACAUUUUGAGACCAUGAAGAACCAGUGGAUUGAUAAUGUUGAAAAGAUGACAGGGCUGGUAGACGAGGCUAUUGAUACCAAAUCUCUGUUGGAUGCUUCUGAAGAAGCAAUUAAGAAAGACCUGGACAAGUGUAAGGUAGCCAUGGCCAAUAUUCAACCUCAGAUGCUGGUCGCUGGAGCAACCAGCAUUGCUCGUCGAGCCAACCGGAUCCUGCUGGUUGCUAAGAGGGAGGUAGAGAACUCUGAGGACCCGAAGUUCCGCGAGGCUGUGAAAGCUGCCUCUGAUGAAUUGAGCAAAACAAUCUCCCCAAUGGUGAUGGAUGCCAAGGCUGUGGCUGGAAACAUCUCUGACCCUGGCCUGCAAAAGAGCUUCCUGGACUCAGGAUAUCGGAUCCUGGGAGCCGUGGCCAAGGUCAGAGAAGCCUUCCAACCUCAGGAGCCUGACUUCCCACCUCCUCCACCAGACCUUGAACAGCUCCGACUAACUGAUGAGCUUGCUCCUCCUAAGCCACCUCUUCCUGAGGGCGAAGUUCCUCCACCCAGGCCCCCUCCUCCAGAGGAGAAGGAUGAAGAGUUCCCCGAGCAGAAAGCUGGGGAGGUGAUUAAUCAGCCCAUGAUGAUGGCUGCCAGGCAGCUCCAUGAUGAAGCUCGGAAAUGGUCUAGCAAGCCGGGUAUCCCAGCUGCUCAGGUGGGUAUAGGAGUUGUAGCUGAGGCAGAUGCGGCUGAUGCUGUUGGGUUCCCUUUCCCCUCUGACAUGGAAGACGAUUACGAACCUGAGCUGCUGUUAAUGCCAUCUAAUCAGCCGGUCAACCAGCCCAUUCUGGCCGCGGCUCAGUCCUUGCAUCGGGAAGCUACCAAGUGGUCUAGUAAGGGCAAUGACAUCAUUGCAGCAGCCAAGCGCAUGGCUCUGCUGAUGGCAGAGAUGUCUCGGCUGGUAAGAGGGGGUAGUGGUACCAAGCGGGCACUUAUUCAGUGUGCCAAGGACAUCGCUAAAGCCUCUGAUGAGGUGACUCGGCUGGCCAAGGAGGUUGCCAAGCAGUGUACAGAUAAGCGGAUUAGAACCAAUCUCUUACAGGUGUGUGAGAGAAUCCCAACUAUAAGCACCCAGCUCAAAAUCUUGUCCACAGUGAAGGCUACCAUGCUGGGCCGGACCAACAUCAGCGACGAGGAAUCCGAGCAGGCCACAGAGAUGCUGGUUCAUAAUGCCCAGAACCUCAUGCAGUCUGUGAAGGAGACUGUGCGAGAAGCAGAAGCCGCUUCAAUCAAAAUUCGAACAGAUGCUGGAUUUACUUUGCGCUGGGUCAGAAAGACUCCCUGGUACCAGUAGGCGCCUAGCCAAUCCUGGCUGGUAUAUAUAAGCAUCUGCUAGGGAGAAGAGAAUGAGGAGUUCAGAGUUACUGGGAGUAGAAAUCAAUUCCUGGUCUCACACACCAGAAAUGAAUGGGGGCUUCUCACAUAGAAAACAUUUACACUCUUGUUAUGGACACUUUGCGAUGUGUCUCUGUAUGGACCCUGUACUCUCACAGCACUCCUGUGCACAGUAACCCAGUAAGUAGACUGGGUCUCUAGCCCAUGGAUUACAUAAGCUCCGAGUAAGAGUGAACACUAUCUGGAAGCCCUGCUCUGCUCCAGGGAACAUAACCCUCUGUUUACAGUUUACCAACUCCCUUUCCUCAUUUAGGCCCCCUAGACUAGAGCUGUGGCAAGUCAGUUAAUUAACUGUGCUUCCAAAAGUUAUUUUGGGUUUUCCAUGUUGCUGUUGACCUGCCUGCCUUCCCUGGGCCAUGCAUCAUCACUGCAGGAUAAGGUGGUCUCUUAUAAGGGAGGGUCUGCAUUCAUUUCCUGCUUUACCCCAUGUAAUCCUAGUUUCUCACGAUGUAAAACUGGGAGGAAAUCACUAUUCUGUCUUUACCAUGCCCCUGAGUAAUAUCUGUGCUCGGGGAAACUUCCUGCUUCACAUCCUGCCUUGCUUGGUUGCCAAGGUAACCACCCAGCAAACACACUGGUGCUCUCUGCCUCUAGAGGGGCAGAGUAGCUGGGGUGUGAUCCUGCCCAUUCCCCCAAUGGGGCCACUCCCAGGUUCUCUAUGCUUUGUCACUGCCAGUAGAGGUCUGUGCUGACGCCUUAGCAUUCAUUCAUAACUUUUUCUUUCUUUCCUUUUUUUUUUUUUUUAAAAUUUCUGAGCUGAAAUGCUGCAUUUAUUUUUAACCAAAUCACCCCGGGCUUUGGCAGUCUUCUAUAUGCUUCUUAAACAAGACUUUAAAGAUACAUAGGUAUGUGUUUGUCUGUAAUCCUCCCUAGCCCCCACUUUUUUUUUUUAAAUUUUGAGACUGGAUCUUCUUAUGCUGUCAGGCUAGCCUUUGAACUUCAGGGUUCAAGCAACCUGCCUACAAAGUAUUAGCACCUACCAACCACACUUGGCUCCUUUAAAGUUUGGAAGGUCCAUUCAAAAUUAAGCCCUAAAAAUUACGGCUUGCUCCUUAAGAACAUUGAAUGGAAAGGCAGUCCUGUCUGAAAGAUACUUCUUGUGUAAAGGAGAUAGCACUUGCAGAUUACAAUGCUGGUGCUGCUAGAAUAAAUCAUAGAAAUUACUAUAAUUCCAGUUGCUUUUAACCAACUACAGCCAAGUCUUUCAUCCUCUCCCACAUAUUCAAGAGUAAUGAGUAUGAUAUCUAAUAUCAGAAAGAUAUGUUUCCUAUCUGGCAAAGUAAGUGAGAAAGUGACUUUCCCAGUAUUUAUCCACAAGCAUUUUCAAGGACAUAAAUAUUACUUUCAGAAGUCAAUAAUCAGAUGAAUGGAGUGAGACCCUUUCCUGGAUGUUCUUCCCUUACCUACUGCGUUCAAUCCCAACACUGAAUGUGUAAACCUUAAGUUGAUCCUGUACACUCAGGCUUCCUCUAUUUCCUUUCAGCUGAUUAUUGUCAAAGCUCUCAAUAUACUUGUAGAGUUGCUUACCUGAUAUAAAUGCAUAUCAAUGCCUUUAAAGUAUGACUCUAUGCCAAAGAUCACCUUUUGUUUUAAAGAUUACUUAGAGGAACUAAGAAUCAUUUUUGCUCUCCAAGUUCUUCCAGUUCUGGAGACACACGUCUGCCAGGUGUGCUUUCCGUGAGCGUCAAUGCUUACAAUACAAGGAGGCAAAAGGAAACAGUCCGUGAAUGAGUUAGAGAUGCUACCACUAAAACAAAAGAAACUACAUUUAUAAGCUAGGAUUUAUUAUAUACAAAUAUUUUCUGCCUUUUCUUUUGUUCUGUUUAAAACAAAUAAAAUACAUUUAUAUGAAUAACUCUCUGAAUGAUGGACAUACUAUUUUAAUAACAACUUUAGGUCAGACUUUUAUUUCUGAAGAAUAGCCAAUGAAAUUAAUCCUCAGGAUAUGGAUAAUAUUAAAAAAUACUAAAGAUUUUAUUCAAUCCAUAAAGGAAUGGAAAUUAAUAGUAUAUUUACAUAAGUGGGUCUAUGUGGUAAAGGACAGUCUUGGCACCUAUACAUUAGAAGGAGCAGAAACCACAAGUUAUCAGUGGCAAAGCAGCUAGGUGUGGGUUACCAUUGGUAGAAGUAACUCUCAUUUUAGAAGGUUUUAGCUAUUACCGGAGACCAUAACUGUCCCUUAAAAAGCAGAAGUUGUGAAACAUGGGGGGCACUAUUGUGUCUUCCAAACUCCAGUAUGGAACAGUGUCGUCAGAAUCCAGUAGGGCUGAGGCUUGAGAAAUCACUGACUAAAAUAAAAACAUGUUUUUGCCUAAUUUUCUAGAACAGGGGUGGGGGGAGGAGUUAAAUAAUACUACAGGAUGAAAUUCAUCAUUGUGUUGACUGAGAAGUUCCCAACUGGAGAAGUGGAUUGCAGCCUGGUUCCAAGGCUGUGGAAUUCACUUAGCCAACAUUGUUGCUUCUAAGGAAAACAACACUAGCAUAUUCCAGUGUUCUUCUGUAGCAACAUGUAAGGAAUGAACCCACCAGCUGAAUUCCCCAUGUGUACGUGUAUGGCAGGCUACCUCACACAGAAAAUAACCAUGUUUUAUUUGCUUUUAGAUUAUGGUUCCUUAAGAACAAAGAAAAGGGGAAUAUGCUAGAUUAACCAGAACUCAGGUGUUUAAAAAAUUUUGAAUCUAUAUGGGAAGUGAUGUAAUGAAGGUAGUUUUUAUCACUUUUACCACUAAGUCUGUGACUAGAAAGGGGACACUUUAAAAUGAUGAAUGGUUGUGACUAUGCUCUACUUAGGAAAAGGCCUCCUGAAUGUUCUUAAGCAACUGUAAUACUUGUGAUACAGAAGAAACUGAUCCCAUGCAGCUGGCUCUAACUCAGCCUGGAUAUGAGAAUGUUCCAUCAACAAUCAAACUUAAAAAAAAAAUCAGUUUGUUGCUUUUAUAUUUUUAUUGACAUUAUAGCCAGAGCUAGGGAAAGGACUUACUGGGCUCUAUCAAAUUAAUAAGUACAAUAAUUUAACUGUAAAGGAACACAGUCUGCUUGGCUGUUUUAGCAGAAAUCAUUAGAGACAAGGGACUCUUGGUAUAUGUUCCACUUUGAAAGACAAGACUGCACAGGAGGAAUGUUGGACAGUCUAGGUAUUGAUGGUGAGACAAAGGAUUGCGAAGAAAUUCAACUGUCAAAAUUGUUUUUGAGUUAAAAGACAAGAUAUUUAAAUUAGAGCUAGAUAACCAAUCUUAGUCAAAGCGAAUAGAUAUUUUGCAUUUUGACUUAAAGCUGCCAAUCUAAGAUUGGUUACUCAAGUAAUUUCUAUUUGAAGCUGCAAAAGCUGGCCUUUCUUAUUAGACGAGGGUAACAGUAACCAUGCUACUGUAUCACCAGCACUCCAACAAGGACUGUAAGAGAGAGAUGGAAGAAAAUAAUGGGCUACAGGAUAAGAAGACUAAGUCUAAAGAAAAUCAAGGGGAAAUAGGAAGAGCAAAUACUUAUAUCUUAACUUUCAGUCUUCCUCCAUUUUCAUGUCUAAUGAGGCAAAAUCACUGCAUAAAGGAUUUCCAAGCAAAUGAUGUAGAAUGCAAUGAGUCAUAGACUGACUUUCCCAGUGUUAAAAUCGAUUGGUAUAAAUCAUGACUGAGAAUGUUUGUCCUUCGUGUACACAGUACAACAAAGACACUUAAGUGCUUCAGUCACAUUUUGAUAGGGUGGGAAGUUUAGGAAAGGUGCCUGUCACAAUGGCCUUAGGAUAUAAGUACUAUGAAAAGGAGCUCCUCCAAAUACAGGGCAUACAGGUAAAUCCAACCAUUUAAGCACAAAAAGAUAAAAGACUGAGAAGAGAAAGAAUAGUGGUAGUGAAGCAGACACAUUUUUCUCCUUUUGCUGAACUGGGACACGAGAUUUUCAGGCUAACUAGGUUACAGUGGCAUUAGAUAAAGCUUUACUGAAACAUGAAAAUGGCAAGAUUUUGCUUAAUUUUCUCUUUUACUACUUUAAUUUGUUUAAAAGCACAAACACUUGUGCCUGCAAUAACUUCCUAUAAGCAGAAGUAGUGUUCCCUUUUAUUAUCUUAAUAAAGUAUUUGCCCCUUUGAUGCAAAUGAUGUUGACUGUGCUAUCUAGCAGCUGAUGGUGUAUCUACUGCAGCAAGGU